AUGAAGAGGCAGGCCGCGAGAGAGACGAGCCCGUCCAGGGCCAUCGCCAAGCGGCUGCGAGAGAGGGAGAGAGACCGAGACAGCACCCGGAGAGAGGAGCUGCCGCCGCCACCGCUGGCUCUGCUGCUGGCGGAGAGCCGUGCUUACCACCGCCACCGCAGCAGGAGCAGAGAGCGAGAGAAGCCGCGGUUGAGGGAGGAGCGAGCCGCCGCAGCGGAGCUGCACCACCGCCAUGAGCUCAGCCUCCUGGGCAGACCCCCGCUCCGGACCACCGCCGCAGAGCUGCCCGUCGCUAGACCCGCCACGCUGGAGUAUAAGACCCUGCUCAUCAGUAACCUGGGCGCGCAGGUGUCGGACGAGGACGUGGAGGAUACGCUGUUCCACGAGUUCAAAAAGUUCGGGGACGUGAGCGUGAAGCUGUCGCACACACCGGAGCUCGGGAGGAUCGCGUAUGUGAACUUCCGUCACCCAGAGGAUGCGAAGGGCGCCAGACACGCCAAGUCCUCCAGGCUGAUGCUGGGGGACCGGCAGCUAAAGAUUGAACCUAUGUACGUGAGGAAGAGAAGCGUGACCCCCCCGGAGGUGAGCUACCUCCCCCUGCACGCCCCGUACCCAUACAGACAGCGCUCGCUCUCACCUCCCGCUGCGGGCGUGAGCAGCAUGAGAGACCUCCGAGCCAGACACUACGCUUUAGAGACUUUAGGGCUGAGCAGAGAGCGCGAGAGGCUUCUGGAUUACUAUGGCAUGUUGGAUGAGAGGGGCCGGCCCUAUGGUCUGCCCCAGAUGCCAGUGGUGGAGGACUUGAAGCCAGAGGACGACCAGCGAGCCACCAGUAACCUUUUUAUUGGAAAUUUAGACGGAAACGUCACUGAGGCCGAGUUAAGACGAGGGUUUGACAAAUAUGGAAUUAUUGAAGACGUUGUAAUAAAACGACCUGCACGAGGUCAAGGCGGAGCAUAUGCUUUUGUCAAGUUUCAGAACCUGGACAUGGCCCAUCGAGCCAAAGUGGCCAUGCAGGGGCGGCUAAUCGGAGGUAACCCUAUCAAGAUUGGUUAUGGAAAAGCUAACCCCACCACCAGACUCUGGGUGGGAGGUCUGGGUCCCAGUAACUCGCUCGCUGCUCUGGCCCGAGAGUUUGAUCGGUUUGGGAGCAUUAGGAACAUAGACUAUGUUAAAGGGGACAGUUUUGCUUAUAUUCAGUAUGAGAGUUUGGAUGCUGCUCAGGCUGCAUGCACACAGAUGAGGGGGUUCCCACUGGGAGGUCCUGAGCGUCGCCUCAGAGUUGACUUUGCGAAGGUGGAGGAGAGUCCGUCACGUCCGUUUCCAGCCGGCUAUCAGCCUGCGGUUGCGCUCCCUUCCCACUACGAGCUGCUGGGAGAGGCCUACAGCCGCCACCGCAGCCUGGAGAGAGAGUUACGGGGCAGUAGAGACCGGUCCUCUCCCCCUGCUCACGGACUCCUGUCCCAGAGGGAGCGGGACAGGGUGCUUCUGGAGCGAGACUUCCCCAGUAGCCCCACACGCAGCCUGGAGAGGAGAGCCGAGGCAUUUGGCAGGAGGAGGAGUCGAAGCCGCAGCCGCGAACGCUGGCUUAAGGAACGUGAGGAGAGGAGGAACCGCAGGAGGAGCAGAAGCCUUUCCCCCGAUCGACCGACAGAAGAGCGGGAGCGAGAGAAGGACAGGGGCAGGUCCAGGCUGCGGGGGCAGGGGGGCAUGCUGUCUCCUGAUGCAAGCCCUGACAGAGCGCGGGUUAGGGCCCCAGACUCCACCACUGAACCCAGGGACCACUCCCCAGACAUGACCAGAGCAGGUCACUCCGUUGGUAACGAUGACGAUGCGCCCUCUAUCCGCCACCACAGCAAACGAACGUCCAGCGAGCUCAGUAACCACCACCAUCGCUCCAGCGAGUCCACGACCUCCCCCGCUCGCCACACUGACACUCACGCCUUACCCACUACGCUCUCUGACUUUGCACAGGCCACACUCGCCAAAAUGUGGCACGGAUUUUUUGCCCUAAAGAACAGCAGCUUUCCCACAAACCUGUACAUGUUGGAGGGAGGGGCCUCGUUCUUUAACAACAUUAUGAAGGACACCCUGAAGCAGCAGAGCCAGAAGCAGCACAGUCAGCUAAAGAUCGCCCAGCGCCUGCGCAUGGACCAGACCCGUUUGGAUGAAGUGUCCCGCCGCAUUAAGCUGGGGCGUCCUGAUGGUUUUGCCGUGCUCCUUGCUCUCCAGGGCCCCGUGGACCGCCAGGCCGUGGCCCCCGAGCCUGGCCUACAAGUGCGCCUCCUACGCCACCUGGUCACAUACCUGCGGAACAAGGAGGCGGCUGGAGUGGUGAGUCUGCCGGCGGCGGAGGGCAGCACGGGCGCCAUGCUCUACGCCUUUCCUCCUGGAGACUUCUCUCAACAGUUUCUGCAGACGGCCAAAAGGACUGUGGGGGGUUUGGAGGAGGAGCACAUGGUCAUUGUCAUCGUCAGUGACACUAACUGA